AUGUCUUACGCUCUAUCAGAUGCUCAUAAGCACAUGAUCCAAGCUCAUUUGACUGAGACUGAUCCAGAACUUGAAUCGAUUAUUACCGAUGAAAUCGAUAGACAGAAGCAUUUCAUCGAUUUAAUUGCUUCUGAGAACUUCACUUCUACCUCUGUUUUUGAUGCUUUGGGGACUCCACUAUGUAACAAGUACUCAGAAGGUUAUCCUGGUGCCCGUUAUUACGGUGGUAACCAGCAUAUUGACAGAAUUGAAUUGUUAUGCCAGCAAAGAGCUUUGGAGGCCUUUGGAGUCACUCCAAAGGAGUGGGGUGUCAAUGUGCAGACUUUAAGUGGUUCUCCAGCUAACUUAGAAGUUUACCAAGCUCUAAUGAAACCACACGAACGUUUAAUGGGUUUGUAUUUACCAGAUGGUGGCCAUUUAUCUCAUGGUUAUGCGACUGAACACAGAUCUAUUUCUGCUGUUUCGACUUAUUUUGAAUCCUUUCCUUACAGAGUCGAUCCAGAAACAGGUAUUAUCGACUAUGACACUUUAGAAAAGAAUGCAAUCUUAUAUAGACCUAAAAUCUUGGUCGCUGGUACUUCUGCUUACUGUCGUUUAAUUGACUACAAAAGAAUGAAAGAAAUAGCUGACAAGUGUGGUGCUUACUUAAUGGUUGAUAUGGCACACAUUUCAGGUCUUAUUGCUGCUGGUGUCAUCCCAUCUCCAUUUGAAUAUGCUGAUAUCGUUACCACCACCACCCACAAAUCAUUAAGAGGCCCUCGUGGUGCAAUGAUAUUCUUCAGAAGAGGUGUUAGAAACAUCAACCCAAAAACCGGUAAAGAAGUAAUUUACGAUUUAGAGAAUCCAAUUAACUUUUCUGUUUUCCCAGGUCAUCAAGGUGGUCCACAUAAUCAUACUAUCGCUGCUUUAGCUACCGCUCUAAAGCAAGCUGCUACACCUGAAUUUAAGGAAUAUCAAUUACAAGUCUUAAAGAAUGCCAAGGUUCUCGAGGAAUCAUUCAAGGCCGCCGGUUAUAGACUAGUAGCCAAUGGUACUGAUUCUCACAUGGUUUUGGUUUCUUUAAGAGAACAAAAUAUUGAUGGUGCCCGUGUUGAAUACGUUUGUGAAAGAGUAAACAUUGCCUUGAACAAGAACUCAAUCCCAGGUGAUAAAUCAGCUUUAGUACCAGGUGGUAUCCGUAUUGGUGCACCAGCUAUGUCUACUAGAGGUAUGGGGGAAGCGGACUUUAAGAGGAUUGUUGAAUACAUUGACAAGGUAGUAAAGUUUUCAAGAGAUGUGCAACAAUCUUUACCUAAGGAAGCUAACAAAUUAAGAGACUUCAAAGCAAAGAUUGAUGAAGGUUCUCCAGAAUUAGCUCAAUGGCAACAUGAAAUUUCUGCAUGGACUGCGGAUUACCCAUUGCCUGUAUAG